AUGAUCGGAUCAGAAGCUUUGAAAUUGCUGUUGAAGCAAAUAAUUGAUAAUAAUGCUGCCGCAAGUUUUGUAUCAUUAUUUUUGGAAAAGUUUUCAACUGAAGAAAAGCAAAAUCUAUGGCACCAUCAAUUAAAUACACUUCGUCAAGGACCUUAUGAAAAAUUAAGGAAGAAUAUCGUUCUUCUUAUAACAUUUAGUCAUUCCAAAAAUGUAAAAGAAGCUAUUGAUGCAGCUAAACAAGUUGAGAAACAGUUAUCCUUAAACUAUGCAACUCUCUCCAAUACGUUAUCCGCACAACUUGAAGGAAAACCUGAAAAAAGAAAGCCAAAAGAUGAUAGAAAUCUUACAAAAGUUUGGGAUACAAAGGCUUAA